AUGGUGGAUCCUCAGCACGGUGAUCGGAGGAAUUUAGCAGCGAGCCGCAAGGCCACGGAGAGGUUGAGGUCUGAGGCUCUGUUCGAGAACUACACGGGGUUUGGGUAUUGCAGCCUAACAGAAUUUCAACAACCCAAGGACGUGAUGAGUUCACUAGCCUUCCUAGUGACUGAACUUGAAUUGGAGUCCCUUGCCAGCGAGUCCAGGAGAAAUCAUCCAGAAAUACGUGAGGCAGCAGAGAAGUCGCUUGCGAUACUUAGGUCCUCUCCAGAGCAAGCGACAGCAUCUUUGGCCUCUGACAGCGUACAGUCCGACGAUCUUCUUCGUCCACUGUUUAUGGGAUGCGCGUCGAAGAACAUGAAAGUCGCCGCCAUCUCGUUGGGGUCACUGCAGCGGUUGAUCGCCCUCAAGGCUGUACCGCAGUCUGCUGUCGCACUCAUCGUAAGCACGAUGAACGAUGCCAUGAGCCAAGGGGUAGACAUUCAACUUCGGAUCCUGCAAACCUUAGUCUCCUUGAUCACCAAUUUUCCCUCGAUACACGGAGAGCUCCUGGGAGAGGCAUUGCUUCUCUGUUUUAAGCUGCAGGAUUCCAGGAUCGCAGUAGUCUCUUCAACAGCUGCAGCUACCUUGCGCCAACUGAUCAUGUUUAUCUUUGAGAAAAUGGCUAACGAGGAUCGUCAAGAUAAAAACGGCACUCCGGAGUUGUCUGAGGCGGCGCUUCCGGACGGUAGCACCAAAGCGUUAGGUCCUUGUGCCAAAGAUGCAUUCUCUGUCUUCGAAGAUCUCUGUCUCCUCGCAAUUUCUGAAAAACUCAAUUUCUUGAAGCUCGAAUACCUACAUAAGACCUUCGCCUUGGAAUUAAUUGAGAGCGUGCUCACGAACUACCACGAGCUGUUCAAGAAGGCAACUGACAGACAUGUCUUCCCGUUGACACUCAGAUGCACGCGAGUUGUGUUCUUGAUCUUGAAGCAGUUCUCAUUCGAGCUAGAGGCAGAAACUGAAGUAUUCCUAAUGCUUCUCAUAAGAAUGAUCUCAGAAGAUUUCGAUGUGUCGAAUCCGGAUCAUUCUGGCUCACGUCCAGUAUGGGCAAGGGUCCUUGCGAUGGAGAUAAUGAGAGGGGUAUGCAACGAUGCUGAGCUUAUCCGAAACAUAUGGGAUCGCUAUGAUGUGCAGCAGCAGGGCUCUAAGGUCUUUAGCUCUCUCAUAGUUGCGUUGAAAUGCCUUGUUAUUGAGAAACCUGCUCUACUCGGAGUGAGCGCGCAGAUGAUGGGGGUCGGACUUUCUCAUGCGGACGAUAGUACUACACCAUCGGGAUCCAAUUACGGUCUGGAUGUCGGUGGGGUUGCUGGGAUGGCCGCCACGGCUGCAAGUGCUACCGAGUCAGGAGUAGUCGGCAUAAUUGGGUCUGGCAUUGGUCUGAGCGUGCAGAACUCGGCCAUGAAGCUGCAAUGCAUCGAUCAGUUAGACAAAGCUGACUCGCCACCAAUCCCCGAAGCAUACAUUUACCUUCUCGCUGUGCAGUGCAUUAUUUCCAUAUGUGAAGGCUUUGCGUCAUUCACUGGCCCACUGUACACGUCCAUCAUGGUUCAACGUCCUCGAACGGCUGGCGAGCCUGUCAUUCUUGCACCUACCGCUCUUGACCUCUCCACACUCCCGCAGGACGAUCCUGCGACUCAGCACCUCAUCAUCAUGCGUUCUAUGGUUGCUAACGGCUGGCCUGCGCUUCUCGCAGCUCUUUCCUUCAUUAUCUCGACGAAUCUGUCAGAUGAGCUUUUUAUAGACGUUCUUAGCAGCUAUCAAGCUUUGACGAACGUUGCGGGAAUGCUCGCCCUCAGCACUCCUCGUGAUGCAUUGUUCAACUCGCUGUCCAAAUUUGCGAUACCUUUCCGAGUAGUGUCCAGCUUGGAGUCUUACGUUGAACCUCCGACGCCCCGAACGUCAACUUCCUCCACAGGUAACCUGGGGUUGACAGCACCUAUCCAAGCUCCAGGACUUUCCGAGCGAAAUAUAGCAUGUCUCAGGGUGUUGAUAUCUAGUGCCCUUUUCCUCGCCGGGAGCCUAGGACAGAGCUGGUAUGGAAUUCUGGAAGCUUUACAGAACGCAGACUAUGUCUUGAACAUCAAGGCGUCGCAAGCAUCUACCAACCGACGGAUGAACCCACCCAUGACACCCAGUCAAUCCGUGUCAGUGACGAGCUCUGCCGAACAGGAGAAAGUGGCUCGUCACCCCCUCCUUAUGGACAUCGAUUCAAAGAGUUUGCUUGCUGCUGUGCAGCGCCUCUUUGAUGCGUCCAAAACCCUGGAGGAUUCAGCUUUCCAGGACUUUGUCACUGCGCUCUGUAAACUUAGCUCAGAGAUGGUCAGGAUGGAACCUGAUGGGAACACGCUGAUGGAGUCGGAUGAUCCCUUGAGUCCUGUACCGAUUUCUCCUCACAGAAGGCGCGUCAGCGGAAUUCAUCUGCCACGCACGCUGCGUCAGAGCGAUUUCGGUGUGGAGCGACUGGGUUCAGUAGCAAUGCUGAACCUUCAUCGCCUCAUCUAUUGUGCACCUGAGGUUGGAUGGAACACUACUAUGAAUCAUCUCCUGUGGAUCGUGAAUCUCUCCUCAGCCCCGCAGUCAAUACGAGUGCAGGCAGCGCGUGUCCUCGAUGAGAUUCUUACUGUGGUCCCGCGUCACUUGUCAUUCAUUGAAGACCCGCACGCCAAAUUUGAGCGUUGCGUUCUCGACAUUCUAUUUAAACAGAUAGUACCCCCAUCAUCCGACGUCCCAGUGACGAGCACGAAUAUCGAGCUGCGGCGAAUGGGAUUGGAGACCCUGCAUCAAAUUCUACAAGCAUCCAAACAUACUUUUAUCGUCGAGUGGGGUAGCAUAUUUGAGAUGCUAGGGAGCAUCUGUAUACCCGCGGCUCUCUCCAGAUCUCAGUCGGUCAAUUCCAUCAGCACGUUAUCGCUUCAAGAGACACCCCGUAACAAAUCACUGCCUCUGCGGUACGUUAAUGACCGCGGCUACACAACACUGGUGAAGAUCGCCUUCCAGUGCCUCAAACUUAUCUGCGAUUCCGUGUCUGUGUUAUCCCCUGAAGACUUGCGGCUUUGCAUCAAAACUCUCGGACAAUUCGGUCGACAAGCUAACACGAACAUUGCGCUUGCUGCUGUAGAAAGCCUUUUCUGGAGUGUGUUAGAUUCGAUCCAGGCAAAGCGGAAGGAUGCAGAGAUGGAACCAGAAUAUGGCGCGCUGUGGAUGUGUCUGCUGGAAGUUCUGGGUCUUUGUACUGACUCAAGACACGAAGUUCGUGUUGGCGCUAUCCAGACCCUUUUCUGUGCGAUGAAACUUUGCGGCGCCACGUUUACUCUGGAUACGUGGAAUGAUUGCAUAUGGAAGAUCACAUUCCCGCUACUUGACGUAAUAUCUAUCGAAACCCGGCGCAGUGUCUUUGAGCCCGGAGCUCUGCUGAACACUGGUCUGGCAGCGCAGUCUCCCAAGCAUACAUGGAGCGAAUCGAAGAGUCUCGCAUUGCAGUCGAUUGGAUCUAUUAUCAGCGAGUUCCUAGUCAUCAAGGUGAUGCAUCUAGACUCCUUCUCGAAAGCAUGGUCCGUGCUUGUUACCCACGUUCACGAUGCCGUAUCCUUGGACCGCCCAAACUUGAGUCUGCCUGCACUACUUUGUUUGGGGAAAGUGGUGAAAGCGCUUUCUGGCGCAGACGCCUCUCUGCAAGUCAAAGUGUCGGAGGCUUGGGAAUGCGUAUGGAAGGCAUGCAGUGACAUGGGGAGCAUGGUUCUCCAGGGUGGGAGAUUUCAGCUCUCUCCGAGUGCGAAUACGACACAGCUCCACCGUGCAUUUACUCAGGAAAGUUUGGUUGCCCUUGUCGACGUCAUACAGAGCACACAUUCCAUUAGUCUGACCCAGACGAAGGAAUGGCCACUUCAGCGCCUCACUCGUCUGAUGGAAAUCCUCAAGGGUGUUCUUACUUAUCCUAACUCGACGGACUACUACCCGGAUGUUGAUGAUCUAUCACCUCUUCAGGUAGUGGUCAUGAACACCAUCACAGAUAUUAGCCUAACGGGACCUGGUGUCCCGUCUCUUAUCUUACGAUAUCUCUCGGAAUUUAGCGUACUUUCGUUUCUGGCUGCUUCUCAUGUGCCCAUCUUGUCUCCCGCUUCCUCGGGAACGCCUAUCGCGGCAUUGUCUCAAAAACACAACACGUACAUUGCGUUGUCCAAGAAAGUUAUACCACUUACCGUUGAGUUGUACAUGCGCUUCAAGGAUGAGCUCGAGAUCUAUGAAGAUGGGACUUUGGAAGCUGUCUUUUCGGCCUUUUCAAUACCAAUAAAGCUAAAGUACGAGUAUCCUGCUCCGUUUAAGUUCGGCAAAGAUCCUCUGUGGAAGAUCGCGACAACAAAUUUUCUCCGUAUAAAUACAGGUAUAUCCGAUACUCGAGUUGAAGGCAUAUGGCGACAAAUCGUUAAAGUAUUUCGGGGUGGCAUUUUGGCUGACUGCACUGCGGCAGAGGGUUUCUCACUCGAAGAUCAGGAAGCGGAAGAAAGCUUCGAUCUCUCUCUCAUCAACUCAUUGGAGAUUGAUAUUAUGCCACAUUUGGGAGACACAAGAGUCCCUGAUCAUCUCAUCGUACAGUUGGCGAAGAUUUUGCACAAAGGCAGCCAGCUGUACAAGUCAAGUGUGGAUCCCUCACACCCUGAUUCGCCCUCGACAGAUACCGCGAAUGUGUCAGACGACUCUUGGGACUCGCAUGACCUCGAGAAGGUGAACCUCGACAUCGGAUCAACUAUACCUGGGGUCCCGGUUCCGAGGGAGCGAUUUUCGUUUUGGUGCUUUGAUCUUUUGUUCUUGAUAUGCUCUAAUGUUACAAGCGGUAACCCAAUCCAUCUGCACGUAUUGACAGAGCUAACUAUUCUCCCAGACCAAGAGUCUUCAAGGAAGCGAGUUGCUGCACUUUGUCUACCGACCUUGCUUGAUCGAUGUAAGACUACAAUGGCGAGCUAUGUUGCUGACGAGGCCCUUCGGGGUAAUAUGCCUUUUCCGAGAGCUCGUGAAGAUGAACUGUUGUAUAUACUUCGCAAGGUCCUGGAUUUACGGCUAUGGUCGGGAACUCUGUGGGCUGCACUGUCAGAGUCGCCAUCGAAGUUUAGCAUUUCUCAACCCGCUGUCGAUGUCACUCUUUCACCGUCUGCACUCAUUGCGGAUGUGGCGAAACGGUCUCCAGUCGCUCAUCUCUUCCAUCUCUAUUCAGUGUUGUGUGAAAUCGCUUCCAUUCCUCGGAAGACACCGUCGGCAUGGGUGAUCAUGAAUUCCUCGCCACCCGAGAAGGAGCGGGGAGGCAAUUUUCUGCAGCCUCAUAUCGGUGUUCUAGAAGAUGGUGGCGAUGUGAUGGAGGUAGAUGCAAGAAUACUUGCAAGGAAGGCGUUACAGGUUCUCGGGAAAGAUAUAGGAGCGAUUUAG